AGUUUUUCGUGCAGGGACCCGGAGCAUCUCAGCAUCUGCAUCAAGCUAACAUCACAUCAAUAAUGACAAGCGCUGAAGGACAAUUCACUGAACGAAUUCAGGGCUGGACCUUGUGGUGAUAAGCGGUAUGCCAUGCAGAGGAGACAUAGCAGCAACACGGAUGGCAUGCCCUCUGAAAGGAGCCGAAGCCAAACUCUGGGGUCAGAGAGUAGUCUGGAUGAGGGUGGUGUGUUCGACUGCCUGAAACCUGAGUCUCCUACUUCACCUCAACAGCUCUUCUCCGGCCUGGUGGGCGUCCCCUCAGGUUCUGUCUCUUCUGCUCAAUUCCAGGCGGCCGGCUUAGUCCUGGGCUCUCCUCCUGAAGUUUUUAUCCAGAUGACGGCGUCGUCCAGAGAUGAGGGGGGCCCCCACCGCACUGAGGGUGGACCUUUCCUCCCCCGGCCUCCCCAGCAUCACCACCAUCACCACCAUCACUUUCACCACCAGCCCCUGCAGCAUAGGACCUCCUCUCUGCUCCAACAGGCCACUACAGCAGCUGGCUCGGAGAGGCAUGGCUCGAGGGAGGAUUCACAAGAGGAUCAGUCCACCCCGGCCCCGGCCCUGUCUGAGCUGAAAGCAGUGGUCACUUGGCUUCAGAGGGGCUUCCCAUUCAUCCUCAUUCUGCUGGCUAAAGUCUGCUUUCAGCAUAAGCUAGGUAUAGCUGUGUGUGUGGGAAUGGCCUGUACAUUCGCUUAUGCCAAUUCCACUUUUAGGCACCAAGUAUCAUUAAGGGAGGAACGCUCUGUGUUGGUGGCUCUAUGGAUAAUCAUGUUCCUUGCAGGAAACGUAGUGUAUAUCUACUACACAUUCAGUCAUGAGGAGCUUCACAACAGCCUCAUAUUUGCCAAGCCCAACCUCGACAGCUUUGACUUCUUUGAUCUGAUCUGGGCUGUGGGAAUCACAGACUUUGUCUUGAAGUACUUCACCAUCGGCCUGAAGUGCUUUAUCCUCUUUCUACCAAAGAUUCUCCUGGCCUUCAAGUCCAGGGGUAAGUUCUACCUGCUGAUCGAGGAGCUGAGCCAGCUCUUUCGGACCCUGGUACCCAUCCAGCUGUGGUACAAAUACAUCAUGGGAGAGGACCGUUCCAACAGCUACUUUCUGGGAGCCACACUCAUCAUCAUCUAUAGCCUCUGCAAGUCUUUCGACAUCUGCGGCCGUGUGUCUGCUAUACGCAAGGCCUUUGUCAUGCUCUGCAGCACCCAGAGUUAUGGAGUGAGGGCUGGAGGUCAGCAGUGCAGUGAGGCUGGAGACAUCUGUGCUAUCUGUCAGGCUGAUUUCAGAGAACCCAUAGCCCUUCUCUGCCAGCAUGUGUUCUGUGAGGACUGCCUGUGUCUGUGGUUCGACCGGGAGAGAACGUGUCCGCUGUGUCGCUCUACUGUCAUCGAGACCCUGCGAUGCUGGAAGGACGGCACCACCUCGGCUCAUUUCCAGAUCUACUAAGCGCUGACAUCAUUCCAUAUGGAUCCAGUAUGAUGCCAUCACACACAAUGGUCGAUGUUGAAACGUCUGUCUUUCUUUAUGGGAGCGUGCUUUCAGUCAGAUUAGGUGUAAUUUAAUGCAGUGACACACAAUGUAUGUAUGGAGGACUUUUGUUUUAGUGUGAAACAAUGUAAACCAAUUCAACACAAUUAUGAUGAAAUGACGCAUCAUGUGUAGCUGACAGCAGCAAUCACAUACUACACAUAAUUCAUAUAACAAAACUGAGGUUUCAUAACAGAACCGCGUAACAACUGGACAGUUUUUUUGUUUUGUGAAAAUCUUAAAUGUUUGUACAUGUAGACUUAGCCACUAAUGUGAACUACUGUCAGCAAAAUAUAUAAUUUUACAUGAAACACUACAUGUAAAAAUGUCAUAGCAGUUUAGUUUGGUAAAAAUAUUGUCACAACUCUAACUGGAUUUGGCACAAAAUUGAUAUGAUAGUGAUGUCUGUUUAUUGUUUUUUUUUUUUAUUCUAUUGUUAGGAUUUAAAGGUAUUUUAUUUGGUAUUUAAUUGUGAAAAUUUGAAAAUGGAUGUCAAAACUAAGAUUUUCACCAUGUAAAUAAAAGCAAAAUCUCAAACACAGAAUGACUUUCAGGAGAACUUGAGAAAAAUUAAGUUAUUGGUUAGUAAAUUACACAUUUUUUAAAGAUGUAUUGUAAAUUUUAGGAGUGCCGUGAAUGAUGUGUGUCACAUUUUUCCAUAAUAUGAAGGGAUUGAUAUAAUGGAUUGAAUAUGGAUGGAUUUUCAGAAUUAUUGACUCUUGGGUUACAUAACCACAAUUAAUUAUUUUCAUGCAAAGUGCACAGUUCAAUUUUCCAUUAAAGAAUUUUACAUUUAUCUUA